GAUAUGCAGGCGGCAGCAAAGACGUUCAUGAGCGCGAAGCACAUUGCGGUCGCCGGAGCAUCGUCAAUCCCUUCGAAGUUUGGACAUCAGAUAUUCGCAUGGUAUCUAGAUCAUGGCAUUCCUGCGAUCCCGAUGAACCCAACGCUAUCCAGCGUUACAGUCCAGAAGAAAGAAUACGACACGAUUGCUUCGCCAUCGAAGCUCGCCUCGCCGAAAGACACAAGUUUGUCCGUCAUUACACCUCCGGCAGUCACAGCCAAGAUUCUUAAGGAGGCCAAAGAGGUCGGCGUGAAGGCCGUGUGGCUUCAACCAGGCAGCUUCGAUGAUGAGAUCCUGAACUACGCACUAGAAGCUUUUCCAGGCGCGGCAGUGGGUGGCUACGCAGAAGGGUCUACAGCACAUGAGGGUUGGUGUGUGCUUGUUGAUGGAGACGAUGCUCUUGCAGCCGCUGGACGG